UUUCCCCGGCACAGAAUCGGAAGUUCUGGGCUGCAGUUGCGUGGAAAUGGGCACUGGUGGGCGGAGUGGGCUACGACCGGGAAAGGGGACCGCGGAAGGGGUGACAGCGGGCAAAGGGAACACGGAUGGGGUGGCAACGACUACUACUGCUACUGCUGCCGUGGCCUCCUGCCAGUACAGGUGCAUCGAAUGCAACCAAGAGGCUAAUGAGUUGUACCGAGACUAUAACCACGGCGUGCUGAAGAUAACCAUCUGCAAAUCCUGUCAGAAACCUGUAGACAAAUAUAUUGAGUAUGAUCCUGUUAUCAUCUUGAUUAAUGCUAUUUUAUGCAAAGCCCAGGCCUACAGGCAUAUUCUUUUCAAUACUAAAAUAAACAUGCAUGGAAAACUCUGCAUAUUUUGUUUGCUUUGUGAAGCAUACCUGCGAUGGUGGCAGCUUCAAGAUUCAAACCAGAACACUGAUCCUGAUGACUUCAUCAGAUAUGCCAAGGAGUGGGAUUUCUAUAGAAUGUUUGCAAUUGCUUCUCUAGAACAAACUGCCUUUUUUAUUGGCAUUUUUACUUUCCUGUGGGUAGUGCGACCUAUGACAGCGGAAAAAAAACCCAACUUCGUUUUGCUGCUGAAAGCAUUGUUAUUGUCGAGCUACGGAAAACUCUUGCUGAUUCCAGCUGUCAUUUGGGAACAUGACUACACACCCCUGUGCCUCAGACUCAUUAAAGUAUUUGUCCUUACAUCAAACUUUCAGGCAAUUAGAGUGACCCUAAACAUCAACCGAAAGCUCUCCUUUUUGGCCAUCUUGAGUGGCUUACUGCUGGAAAGCACCAUGGUCUACUUCUUCCAGAGGAUAGAAUGGGACAUUGGAAGUGAUUGUGCCGUCUAUAAACCUCAAGACUUUUGAAGAGUUUUAUUUUUUACUAUCUGUGGCAUGACCAGCUGCAUUCGAAAAGAGAAGACAGAAAAUAUAAACCAAGCUCCUCAUUUCUGUUGAGCAAAAUGAAGCAAGGAUUCGGAUACACUUCCUGAACAAGAAAGCAAUGGUUAUGGCAUUGGACACCCCAGCCCUGCGACCCCUCACCCCCCAUAUACAGGAAGCCACUACACCCCACACAGAUACACACAGACACACACUGAAACACUCACACAAACACGAGGCAUGUUGGUAGAGGGAUUGAUGUAUGCAAGAAGUGCAAUAUACGUUAUAGAUAACUUCCGGUAAGCAUUUGAAUUGAAAGAGGAACGUGGAUUCAUGAUUCACACAUAAUAAAAGACCUAUGUUUCAUUCCUUUGACAUGUUUAUAUCUUUCUAAUUUAAAUGUUAAGUUACUGGCUUUAAAUAAUGUCUUUAAAUAAUAUAUUGUGUUCUUCAAAUAAUAGAAACGCUUUUAAUAAAGUCAAAAUAAACUGAGCUUUUCUAAA